UGAAUAAUGAUAUUUUAUUGAAAGUGAUCAAGAGAGACGAUUUAAAUGCUAAAGAAAUUUAUAUCUGGAAGCAUUUGGUGGAAUGGGGAGUAGCUCAAUUAGUUGAUUCUCAUAAAAGAAUUUACGUUAAGCUCGAUACUACCCAAUGGAAAGAUUGUGAUUUUAUGACUUUCAAAAAAUAUUUAGACCCAUUCAUACCAUAUAUUCGAUUUCAUGAAAUGUCUAUAGAAGAUCUUCACCAUAACAUUAGACCUUACGAAAAAGCAUUACCUAAAAAUCUUUAUCGAGACUUGGAGACUUAUUUUACAUUUGAUAGAAAACCAAAAUGCGCAGAAUUGAAUUCUCGCAUUAGUAUCGAUUCUGUUAUAAUUGAAAGAAAACAAUCAGAGAUUAUAUCUAGUUGGAUUGAAAAAAAAUCGAAAAAACUUUCUUGUCAAUUUAAACUCUCUUAUCGGGGAACACGAGACAAAUUUAAUUUCAACUCUGUUAUCGACAUAUACGAUUGUGAUGUCGCAACUCUUUUAUUAAUAAAGGUCAAGAAGUCUGAUUUAAUAAUUGGCGGAUAUAAUCCUUCAGGUUGGAAAACUAUUUAUGAUGAUGAUCCUUAUGAAGAGCAAGAAGAUUAUGAAGAACAACAAGAAUAUUAUGAAUAUCUUCGGGAAAAUAAUGAAUACCUUUGGACAUCAACUGAAGAUAGAAGACAUUCUAAUACGCAUAUACUUAGUCGUGUGGAAAUCCCUGAGAAUGCAAUCUAUAACUAUAAUCAGAAUAAUGAUACUUAUGAUGAGCCAUACAUGAAUUUUGGAGGUCGGGAUUUGGUAUUAAAUGGACGACAUGUGUCCUGUUCGCAAUAUAGUUAUGAAAAGAUGUUUGAUGGUGAUGCUUACUUUGACGCUGAAGAAAUUGAGAUAUUUAAA